AUGGGGCCUGGGAACCAAACUUCUAUCAAAGAAUUUAUCUUUGUGGGACUCUCCAGCCAACGAAAGACACAGAUUCUGCUCUUUGUGAUCAUCCUCAUCAUCUACAUCCUGACUGUUGUGGAGAAUCUGGUGAUCAUCUUGCUGGUGCGAAUGGACUCUCAUCUCCACAUGCCCAUGUACUUCUUCCUGAUGAACCUCUCCAUCCUGGAGAUCUGUUAUGUCUCUGCCAGCAUACCCCAGAUGCUGGCAAACCUCCUGUCUGGAAGUGGAGUCAUUUCCUUUGGACGCUGUGCUGCCCAGAUGUACUUUGGGGCAGCUAUGGGUUGUGUUGAAUGCCUUCUGCUGGCUGUCAUGGCCUAUGACCGCUACUUGGCUAUAUGCUGUCCUCUGCUAUAUGUUGCUAUAAUGCACAGAUGGAGACAACGGCAGCUUGCCAUAGCUUCCUGGGCAGUAGGCUUCCUCAUUGCUACAAUUGAUGUGAGUUGUACCUUUCGCCACCCCUUCUGUGGCCCUAGUCACAUAAACCACUUCAUGUGUGAACAGCCAAUGGUGCUGAAACUGGCAUGUGGUGAUACCCGCAUCACCGAGGCAAUCAUGUUUGUAAACUCUGCAGUGGUCUUCCUUGGUCCCCUGUCUGUUAUCUUCACAUCUUACAUGCUCAUUCUGUCCUCCAUCAUACGAAUGCGGUCAUCUGCCAGUCAGCACAAGGCUUUCUCCACGUGCGGUUCCCACCUGGUGAUAGUUACCAUCUUCUAUGGCACUGCCAUGUCUGUGUACAUGAAGCCCCGGUCAGGUGGGUCCCCUGAUCUUGAAAAACAAAUUGCUGUCUUUUACGUUGCAGUUACUCCCUUGUUCAACCCUAUCAUUUACACCCUAAGGAACAAGGAUGUCCAUGGGGCUAUGGCCAGAGUGUUGCAAAGAAGGAAAUGUGAACAAAAUGGUUUAGCUUUGACCUCUUGGUGCAUUAGUUGA